CGCUCGUGAGGUGUGAGGAACUGAAAACGGCUCCUCGCGCGAUUAACACACGGUGUAUUCAGUUGUGUAACGGAUAUACAAACGUUUCCGUGUGUGCAAUUACUCGGUUAUGUCGGCUGCAACAUCUGCGCAAACGGAUCGGGCUAUUGACAUAUGCUGUCGUCUUGUGAUACGGUGUAGCUGUCUCCAUGGCGACCAGCGUGGUUCCCGGGGACAACUUGCCCACGUAUAAACUGGUGGUGGUGGGAGACGGAGGCGUGGGGAAGAGUGCGCUCACUAUCCAGUUCUUUCAAAAGAUCUUCGUCCCUGAUUACGACCCCACCAUUGAGGACUCAUACCUCAAACACACAGAGAUUGAUGGACAAUGGGCAAUUCUGGACGUUCUGGACACGGCCGGACAGGAGGAGUUCAGUGCGAUGAGAGAGCAGUACAUGAGGACAGGAGACGGGUUUCUCAUUGUCUUCUCAGUGACUGAUAAAGCCAGUUUUGAACAUGUGGACCGUUUCCAUCAACUUAUACUAAGAGUGAAGGACAGGGAUUGUUUUCCUAUGGUUCUGGUUGCGAAUAAAGUCGACCUGGUGCAUUUACGUAAAAUCACCAGUGAGCAGGGACGCGAAAUGGCCUGUAAACACAAUAUCACAUAUAUUGAGACAAGUGCAAAAGAUCCACCCAUGAAUGUAGACAAAGCAUUUCACGAGCUCGUCAGAGUAAUACGCCAGCAGAUCCCAGAACGGGGUCUAAAGAAGAAGGGAAAGGCCAAAUGGCGGGCGGACAGACCUUCGGGGUCCCAGAGACUGCACUGCGUCUUACUGUGACCGCACAUUUCUAUCUCUGGGCGUCAAAGCCGCGAUGAUGACUCCGUGACUCGGACUGUUAAAACACACACACACACACACACACACACACACACACACACACACACACACACACACACACACACACACACACACACACACA